UCAUCUUGUCAAAUGUUUGCUCUUUGAUUGACUGAAGCCGCCGUCUCCCGGAAGUCCAGCGGAAAAACGGAGAUGCGGUGAAGCAGCCGACUGUAUUCGCAUAAAUUACACAGUUCCAACAUGUCCUGGGAUUUCUCGGACGUGCCUCCUCGUAUCUCCUCCUGGAUCACCUUUCCGGUUCAAUUUCUCUAAGAGGGGGCCCUGUGUGAGCGCAGUCAUGCCCAUAGGAGAGCUCCGAGAGUCGGGGAGCCUCCCGGCCAUCGCCUCCCUGAACGCGUCCUACUCCACCUCCAUGUCCAUCCCUUCGCCGUACAUAUUCGUCCCUCCUUCGGAACGCAAAGCCAUCUCUGACGUCCGCCGCACCUUCUGCCUCUUCGUGACCUUUGACCUCCUCUUCAUCACCAUGCUCUGGAUUAUUGAGCUCAAUUAUUCCAACAGCAGCAUCUGGGACAGCUUAGACAAGGAGGUCAUCCAUUACAAGUUUGAAACUUCCUUCUUUGACAUAGUGCUCCUGGCCCUCUUUCGCUUCCUGUGUCUACAACUGGGCUAUGCUGCCUUCAAGCUCAGACACUGGUGGAUGAUUGCGGUGACUACUCUAGUGACCAGUGCCUUUCUCGUUGGUAAAGUGGUCAGAAUCUCCCACGUCAUGUCAGAUAAUGCGUUUGGAUACGUGCUGCCCAUAACCUCCUUUGUGCUGGCCUGGUUAGAGACCUGGUUUCUGGACUUUAAGGUUCUCACACAGGAGGCUGACGAUGAACGAGCGUACUUGGCAGCGGUGAAUGCAGCGUGUGAGCGGGCCCCCAUGAUCUACCCCAGGGCAGUUUCCGAGGGGCAGUUUUAUUCCCCGCCUGAGUCUCUGGCAGGCUCAGAGGAGAGUCUUGAUGAGGAAGGGCUGGGCCGUAGAGCCGUCACAACACAGGAGAAGGAGUUUGUGCGACAGGGGAAAGAGGCCAUGUCUGUGGUGGAGCAGAUCCUCUCCCAGGAGGAAAACUGGAAAUUUGAAAAGAACAAUGACAUGGGCGACUCUGUGUACACUCUGGAGAUUCCCUUCCACGGAAAGACUUUUAUUCUGAAGGCGUUCAUGCAGUGUUCAGCAGAGCUCGUGUACCAAGAGGUGAUUUUACAGCCGGAGAAGAUGGUGCACUGGAAUAAAACUGUCACAGCCUGUCAGAUAUUGCAAAGAGUGGAUGACAACACACUCAUAUCGUGGGAUGUCUCAGCCGGAGCAGCAGGGGGUGUUGUUUCCGCGAGGGACUUUGUAAAUGUUCGCCGAAUUGAGCGUAAAAAAGACUGUUACCUGUCCGCUGGCAUGGCAACGGAGCACGACGCCAAACCACCCUGCGGCCGCUUCGUCAGAGGUGAAAAUGGUCCUGGUGGGUUUGUGGUCCUAAAGUCCAGCAGUAACCCGUCCGUCUGCACUUUCAUUUGGGUCCUCAACACAGAUCUGAAGGGCCGACUCCCGCGCUACCUCAUCCACCAGAGUUUAGCAGCCACCAUGUUUGAAUUUAUGAGUCAUUUACGCCAACGCAUCACUGACAUCAGGGGGUCCGGGCGCUCCCACCAUCACCACCACCACCCUUAACGCAGAAGUAACCCCCCACUGUGGAUCUGUGGGGUCUUUCCCUACAAAUUUAUUUUUUUAUUAUUAUUUGCCUGAACUCCAAAUAAUGAACUUGUUAAACUAGUUUGUUUUUUUUUUUUUUUACAUAUAUGGACAUCUACAGAUAUAUCAAUGGACUGCUGUUAUUUUUUUUUUUUUGGACCUUACUAGCUGAGAUUUUUACACUUUAAAAUGAAGUCGGCCACCUUAUGUCUCGUACGGAAUUGUUACAAAGCCGGUGAAGCAAUAGCAUGACUGAAAACUAUUUUACGAAUCUCUCUCUGAGCCUUAACUCACAGCAAAUGUGUAAGUCCAGUUUUGAUUUGCUGCUCUGUUGAAUGUUUUGUUCUUUAUCUUAAUAAUGGUUCACAAAAACACAUAGCCAUAUAUUUUGGUGCACUGUGUCGAUUUUUGGUUGGGGGUCACCUGCUUGUUUCUAUGGAUAUGUCAUUGCUCUGCUCCGAAUGUUCCAAAAUAUGACAUUAAACAGCUCUACCUUACAAUUAUUCAGUUACAGGUGGUUUUAUAGCUCAUAAAUAACUAGAAAACCAGACAUUCGGACCUGUAACUUAAACUGGUUUAGUCUCCAUGAAGAUAAAAAGGAUUAAUACCACACUGCGAAACAUUCUAGACAAAGCAAUAACAUCUCCAUGGAGAAAAAAUAUCUGACAGGCCCUCCACCAAAAAAUGACACAUUGCAUCUUUAAUAAUGGUUCACUAAAACACAUAGCCAUAUACUGUAUUUUGUACAAUGUUUAUCAUUAAAACUAUCGUUAACACUGUACUUUAUUCACAUAUUUGCACUGGAGUGACCACUAGAGGGCAGUGCCACUUCUUCAAUGGAAAAAACAGCUUGUCUCACAUUGAGGUAAACAGCCAAUUUAUUUCGUCAAAGGGCUUACACAAAAAUAUUCAGCAACAGAUAACCAUGCACUUUUAUCUGUAAGAAGGUAUCUGGUCAACUAAUGGGUGGCGUUCAUGUUCUAGUCAUCAGAUUGGGGACCUGUAGAUUACUACAUCUACUGUUUUUGAAUGAAAUAUCGAAACAUGAUUCACAAAUGUUGAAACUCGUCAACAGUUUGUUAGGCAUUGGGUCUCUACACACUGUUGACCAUAUUAUUUAUUUUAUGCCUUGAAGUCUGACAGCUGACAAUAAUCAUGUAUUUGGGGUUGAAAAAUGACACCAUUUUCUGACGUUACCGUUAAAAAAAUCACUUGUUUAUUUAUGUUGACAGAGAAGAUAAUGUUUUGUUUUUUUUUCUUUUUGUUUCAUGUGGUUAGGCCGACUAAUCACAAAGAUAUUAACCAUGAACCAGAUCAAAAUAUUUGCAAUCUGACAGUCAAAAGGCAAAUCGUACUAUAGAAUUCUGACCUUGCUUCCAGCUCCAUUUAAAACUAUAGGCUAUUCUAGAUGUUGUGAAUGUGCCCUAUUAAUUACGUGCGUCGCCAUGGGAAUAAAUGAGAGUAGAACAGUGCUAACCACUCUACUUUUCCCAGUAGAGAAAUUUGACUUUGUUUAUUAUCAGUUAAGUUAUUUUUAGACAAGGACAAAUGUACUCUGUGAAGGAUGUGUUUUUUCUUCUAUUUUUGUGACGGUGACCUCUAGUGGCCUUUUCCACAAACAGCCAAGUCAUUAUUGUCUCCCUUGAUUAUCGUUAGGUCUAUUGUGGACAUGUCCAGGGGCUAACAGUGUGGCUUUAUUUUAGUUCUGGUUUUCUGUUUAUGCUGGCAGUUAAAGCGUUACAUUUUAAAAUAAUCAUAAUUAGAUCUGUUCAAGGUUGUUUUGUUUUGUUACCUUAAAGGUGCAUUGUAAACUUUCUGGUGGAGGGUAAGUCACCUCCUCUUUUCUAUGGAUAUGAAUGUUCCACAGUAUGACAUUAAACAGCUGUAACUUACUUUAUUCAGUUACAGGUGGUUUUAAAGCUCAAAAAUGCCUAAAAAAAAAAUGAUUUGGUUUGCAUGAAGAUAGAAAGGUUUAAAAUCAUACUGUGAAACAUUCCAGAUAAAACAAUAACAUUUAAGCAUUUAAUGGACGCUCCACCAGAAAAGUUACACAAUGAAGCUUUAAGAAGAAGUUAUAAUUGCAAUAUUUGUAACGCAGGUGUAACUUAUAACUUAUAGGUCUAACUUAUACGUUGAGUUACAUGACUUUAUAAACUACCUAUUCUUGGGUUCUUGUUUUGAGGCGCCAUUUUGAGCACUUUUCACCGUUCAGAAGAUAUAAUAUUUGGUUGAAUUGUUAACCGCUAUGGCAACGGUGCUAAGUAGAAUCCAUAUGUUUUGACCUGGUUUAUAGCUGACAAAAACUGGUUCAGUAGCUUCUCUGCCAACACAAACUCGAGUUGUUUUUUUUUAGCAAUAGUUUCAAAACAGCUAUUUGAAGCUAUUGUUCAAACUGUACUUAGAGGUGUAAAAGUUGCAAGAACUUUAAGCCAUAAAAUUAAUUUGAAAAAUUGGUUAACCCAAUCAAAACAUAAUGAUGCAGUUAUAGAUGCUUUUAAGUUUGGCUAUUUCUUCAUACUGAACUUCAUAAUGAUGUUGUGAAAAUCCGUCAUCUUUGUUUUGAGUUUGCAAGAUAUCCAGAGCGAAUUGUCCAGGGGGAGCGCCAGACAUUUUUGGUUGGAGGAGCUACGGGGGUGCACACUUAACUUGUUAAUUUAGGGCCUUUGUACGGAUGUGAGCGCACCCACGCCCCCUCUACCAUCUUUGCGUCGCAGUUUUGAACAUAAAUCUAGUUAGCUCCUGUAAUGAUUUAUGAAACCUAAUAUAGAGUUAUUCUUUGUUUGCAUUUUGAACUCUGUGGCUGCCAUUUGAACAUUUUGUGUCGAGAUUUAAUGUCCUAAGAAAAUGGUGCUGCCCCUGGAAUUGACCAAAACAUCAUACCGGUAGUAGCGAUGGAAAACCUCAUUUGCUAUUGAAUCAUUAUUAGUAAAUACAAAUCAGUUAAUGUCUGAGUACUUUACUUUGAGCAGCUUGUCUCUUUAAAUCUCCAUUGAUUUAACGUGACGUGAACACAGCCUAUUAGCCUGAAGAUCUAAGUGGUGUGAACAUUCUUGAGCUCUUCAUGUGAACUAAGAUAAAAGUGGCUGUGUCAGAUCGCUAGAGUGAACAUUUAAUGAACCGUAACAAUGCAGCGUUGUGACCUUAUUAUAUCUUAUAACAACAUAAUAUUACAAACUUUGGAUCUCUUGUUUCUUUAUUUUGUAUAUUGUAUUUUUUUUGCUGUCUGGUCAACAUUAUGGUGCCUUUCAAACCUGCCUUUUUGAAUGUUUUUGUAGCAUAAUCAGUUGUUAAGCUGUGUUUAUAUUGGUUUACACUUGUUUGUCUGUAUAUGCAUCAAACUAAACUCAAAGCCAUCGUAUGACCAAAUGUUGAAGUCUUAACCAUUUUCUUAUAUUGAUUAAAAUGGUAACAUUUUAAAACUCUUA